CCUGAACGACCUCUUCCGUGACUUUGACGUCUUCGCCUCCUCUCUCUAGCAGCAGCCUCGCCACUUCUUCAUCAAACUUACCGGCAAUGAUCUUAACCAACUGCGCCGUAACCUCAAUCUUGGCUCGUCCGUCAAGCAGCAGCUUCAUCACCUCCCCGGACUGCAUAUUCGCCGCUGCCGCCUGGACGACCUCUUCUGUGAUCUCAGCUUCCUUUCCAAGCUGGCCAAGUAGCAAGCCAAGAACUGUGAACGCCCUGUCGCGAUUGAGCUCGAGUUCCGCUCUUGGACUCCCGUCCCUUUGCUCGCAAAGCUCCGCUGCUACGUGGCAUUGGCCGGCCACAGCGACUCGUACCGUUUCCAUUGUGACUGCUGUUCGUGCAGCGUUGCAGAUCGCCCUCAUGGAGCAAGCCACCCAGGCCGCCAAAAAGAUGGCCAACCGAAUGACCAUCAUUCUGCGGCACAGCCAGCUUCACCGUUUUCCUGAAACGGAGUGUCGAAGGUUUUUGGCCGCUUCGGAAGGCUCGCAGACGGUUCUUCAUCUUCCCGAGCAGGUGAGUAGCGUCACGUGUGGCAUCGGGCUCUCAGGGCGGGUAAAGGACUCGCUGUCGCUUUCGGGAGAGGGGAAAGGGUGAACUGGGAUCAGAAAAAUAUUUGCGGAAAGUGACCCACUGGUCGUCACCGAACCCGAAGACCCGCUCGCGCAUGGGCUCCGGAAUCCGGGAUGCUAACCUAGGAGCACACCCCCUUUUCCAAGCGGUCCGGUUUUCCGCACCAAAGUUUGUCCCCCCGAGCCGCAGCGGCAUCUUGUGGUGCCAGCAGUGGCAAAGACCGGAGAUCGGCAGUUGGCCUGUCCGAUAGCCACGCAUUCAGGUGAUGGUUUGUGUCGAUACCAUUAAGGCUAAGCGUAUAUCACAGAUACAUAGCUUCAUGAGUUGCCGA